AUGGCCGCUGCGGGCAAGGCCGCGCCCCCUCCCUACCCGCCCCCGGGGCUCGUCGGGGAGGGCAGCUUGAGCAGGGUCAGCUUUCUGGGGGCCCGGUUGCCCCCGGAGGUGGAGGCGAUGGCCAAGAGCGUGCGGGGCCUGGGCAAAGACACCUUCCGGAAGCUACUGAAAGUCACCGUUAGUGCUUUAGAAGGAAGAGACUGCAGAGAGUCUGUGAAACUGAUCGCCGAGAGCGCCAAUCUCUCAGACGAGCAGCUUGCCAUCCUCAUCUCUGGCAUGUAUACCCUCCUCAGAGAGGCCUUGAGGCUUCCAGCUUCCUCUUUGAAAGAAGAUGUUUUUAAAGAAGAUCUGAAGGAACUUAGGAUCCCAGAAGAAUUCAUUGUGGACUUCACCACCGUAGCCUUUGGAAAUAGGCGACCCAUUCUUGAAGCCACAAUUCAGAGUCAAGCCAACAAGCUGCCUAGAGUUGAAGAUUUCAAGUGGAGAGUGGAUGUGGCUAUUUCUACCAGCUCCUUGGCUCGUGCUCUGCAGCCGUCCAUCUUGAUGCAGAUGAAGCUUUCAGACGGGACAGCUCAUCGCUUUGAAGUACCUGUUGCAAAGUUUCAAGAACUAAGAUAUAAUGUUGCCUUGAUCCUGAAGGAGAUGAAUGAUCUAGAAAAAAGGAGCAUUCUAAAGAUUCAGGACUGAACAUUUUCUGAUAAUUUAUCGGUACUUGAUAAGGCCAAGAGAGCC